AUGACUCAUAAAACAAUAAAAAUGCAGAGACUCAUCAAAGUUGGAGCAGGAUCAUCUGGAUCUGUCCUCGCUGGUCGUCUAUCAGAGGAUCAAACCAAUGACGUGCUUUUGAUGGAGGCUGGAGGUUCCGAAGACGAAAACCCUCACAUCCGGGUUCCAGUGGAAGCCAUGCUGAUACUGAAUUCGGAACAGGACUGGAAUUAUUAUACUGAGCCACAGAAACACGCAUGUUUAGCCCAGAAACAUCAUAGGAGCAAUUGGCCACGCGGAAAGGUUCUCGGUGGAUGUAGUUCGAUCAACUGGUUAGCAUUUGUGCGAGGUAAUCGACACGACUACGAUAGCUGGGCAGAGGAAGGAUGUGACGGCUGGAGUUAUAAUGAUGUCCUCCCGUACUUCCACAAGUUUGAGGACGUUUUAGCUGAGGAGUUCCAGAAUUCAGAUUAUAGAGGAACGGGUGGCCCUAUGCCAAUAACCCGUCCUAACACAACCCCAAUGCAGGAACUGUAUUUGAAAGCGGGGAAGGAUCUGGGCUACAACGUCGUAGACUGCAACGGAAAAGAUCAGAUUGGGUUUUCCUGGAUGCAGUCAAACAUAAAACAUGGCGAGCGCUGGGACAAUUAUAGGGCCUUUGUGAAACCUCAUAUUGGAAGACGUAAUCUGCAUGUCAGCCCCAAUUCCCACACAACAAAAGUCAUAAUAAAGAAGAAGAGGGCGAUUGGAAUUGAAUACAUUAAAAAUGGAAGGAAACACAAAGCAUUCGCGCGGAAGGAAGUUAUUUUAUCUGCAGGCAGUAUCAAUUCCCCGCAGUUAUUGAUGUUGUCUGGUGUCGGACCAAAAGAACACCUGAAGAAAUUUGGGAUUACAGUUGAAGCUGAUCUCCCAGUAGGAGAAAACUUACAGGACCACAUACUAGUUCCUAUGCCGUUCCCUGUCAAUAUUACCGGCCCAAUCAAUCUAGCGAAACUGACAUCAUGGUGGACCCGUCUGCAGUACGAUUUCCUAGGAACAGGAUAUAUGUCCGGUCCACUUUCGGAUGGAGUGGCGUUUUUCUAUGACGACUUUAACUUAACAAAAGACGCGGGGAGGACCUCCGACAUCCAGCUGCUUUUUCACAGUGCACAUUUGUUCCCUCCUAGCAUGAAAGGUGCAGUCAAUUUUAAUUUCAGAGAUGAGGUUGACGAUAAAAUUUUCACUCUACGUGAGGAUGCGAUGUCCAUUACCAUCUACCCAGUACUUCUACACCCCAAAAGUAGAGGAACAAUCAGACUGAAGAGCACCGAUCCAUUUGACUACCCAGUAAUCGAUCCACACUACUUAGAACAUCCGGAUGAUGCUAAAAUGCUCGUUGCGGGAACACGCUUUGUGGAGAGGUUAGUUGACACAGAGACAAUGAGAUCUAUUGGUAUAGAUGUCAACUUCAAAUCACCUUUCUAUCACCUGUGUUCUCAACACGAGUUUCGCUCCGACAGUUUUUGGGAUUGUUAUGUCAGGCAAUACACAUUGACUGUCUUCCAUCCUACUUCAACAUGCAGAAUGGGGGCUAAAGACGACAAGACUUCUGUAGUGGAUACCAAGCUAAGAGUGAAGGGUAUUUCCGGUCUACGUGUCGUCGACGCUUCGGUUAUGAGAAAUGUUCCCGCAGGCAACACAAACGGUCCGGCGACAAUGAUAGGGGAGAAGGCUGCUGAUAUUAUCCUACAGCAAUAGAUAACCAGACCAAUGUAUCAAAGAGAAAUUUUACUGAGAAAUGAAACCUGUGGAUAAAAUAUAGCAAAACAUGUAUCACAAACAUAUCGAUUUUUCCACUGCCUGUCCUAGUAGACGUUGUCUUAUUGUAACAUAAAAUGUAAAUGUGUUAGAGAGUUGCACUGAGAUCCCAUUUCAAAAAAGCUUAAGGCAUGCUGUAUUUGUUUUGAUAUAAUUAUAAUAAUGUUAUUGUAGAAUACACACCUGAACGUUGCUGUGUUCAAUUAGUAGUUUAUGGGGAACAUAAAAGUAUUUAUUACUGACGUUUCAUAGCUUUCUGCAUAUCAUAAUAAUUUCCAUUGUUCAUUGUAUAUAUUGAAUAUUAAUUCAACCCAACUCAGGUGAUUCAAUAGGCAGUGUUAACAAACACAACACGAAGGACACGUUUCUGUUAAAUCCAUUGAUAAAGUAAUAUGUUUACCAGGUGAAGUUGAUGAUGUGCUGUUAACCAGUACUUGGUAUAUUGUACAUACCUUAACCAUACCAUGUUAGAUUCUAACCAAAAUAUUACUAGCACUAACGGGACUAAUUUUGAUUCUUACACCCCGUAAAGUAUCUCGAUUGUGGUUUAAGUAUUGACUUUGUAUAUAAACAAGUUCAUUGUAAUUAAAUAUUUGUAUAAGUAAUAGUGUGUGGUGAUAUCUGAUUUAUCACCUGUUUUGAUAGGAAGAUUUUACAAGUUAUAUUCACUACUCUAAACAUAUAAAUACACCAUUCGAUUUUUUUUUUUAGAAUUUGUAAAGGGCUCUGAUAAUAAAUGUAUAAAGUAAUGGACAUAUAUAUUCAUAUAAUUAGAAGUGGUGAUGAAUGGAAGCACAACUUCCUCGAUAAUCAAUAUAUUGUAAAUCAAAACAAAAUAUAUGUGUAACUUGAAAUAAUCUAGAUCUAGUCAGAGUUACAAUAUGCCAGAAAGUAACUAGAAUUGUCGCCAGGAUUGCCGAUGAACCCGUUGCUAUAAAUCCAUCGUGAUUCCAACCUUGGUUCUAACCCUUGUUGAUAAGUUUGAAAGGGUCAAAAGAGUACGUAAAAGUCCACAACGUCAGAUUACAAAUUGUCUAAAUUCAUAAGAGAAGGGAUCAUACUUGCCUAUUUAUCCAUAUCUAAAAUAAUAUAAUCAAAAGCAAGUAACUGCCAUAUUGUAAGUGGUAUUCGCUGGCUAAGCAUAGGAAAAGGGGGCACAACUCGCAUAACAAUAAAGAAAUCAAAAUAUCAGUGUAUGUCCAACCCAUCAGUGAGUACUGGCUCCGUCUUAAGAAUAUCAUAUUUAUAAGUACCAUUGAGCUUGAUUUUGGUCUCAAAUUAGGGGAAGAUAAUCUAGUAUUUGAAUUUAGCGGAGCAAGUCUUAAUAAAACACAUUCAGUUUACAAUCAUAAUUAAGAGGUUAUAACUGACAGGAGAAUUGUAACACUUUUUUUUGCAUUUGCUGAAAUGUAUAGGAUCACAAAUAAUUGUAGUUAUAAUCCUGCUAUAGACAGAUGGACAUAUACUCCGAUUCCAGUAUACCGACUAUCACAGUUUGGGGGGUAUAAACACGAAAGAAGCAUUGGACUUUUCCUCAUAAGUUCCUGACCAACUUUAUAGCCAUUGACUGUGGUCUAAAAAAACCGGGGUUAUCGAUGCAUACAUUUUUAUACAUCGAUAACCCCGAUUUUUUUAUAAGGUUUUAGAAUGUAUACGAAUACUUAAUUUAUAAAGUUGUGGUUGUUUACUGAUGUCAUAUGUUACUCAAAAACCCGAAACCGAGCCCCUGUGAUUGAGACAAGUUUCUGCUGUUGUCCCGGAUGUAGCGGAAACAAACAGUUUAAGUUGUUGGAAGUCCUCGUGGUGCACCCCAGAUUUUAAGUUGCCCUCUGGGGAAGG